AUGAAGGAAGUUUUUCAAAAGUUGACAAAUUACUUGAUAAGAGUAUACUUAAAAAAUGAAGAAAUCUAAAUAGUUUUUCCACCUUAUGUUAUAUUGCUCUUCAGAGUUCAACAAGCCUUUUUAAGUCUGUCAUACAUCUAUGGGCUAAGCAAUAAUUACUAUAUUUAUGUGAUAUCGCUAUAUGCUAGACCCUAGUAGUUAUUUAUAGACUCAGAAAUCCCAUAAUACAUCAUCCUAAUAUUAAGUGUCAUUUAUAUAUUUACACUACUAACAAUAAUUCCAUAUAAUAAUAUAAUAGGGAUAUUUGGAUAAUUAUUACGUUGCAGCAUGCUAAAUUUCUUUUUUGAAAUAUCCAAAGGAUCUAUCUCAAUAAUUACUCACACUCUGUUAAUUAUGAUAUCAUUUUCGGAAACUUUGAUUAUUUCUGGAACAUUGAAUGUCUAAACCAAAAACUUUUAGCAUACUAGAUUUACAAAUUUAGAUUUAAUUGUAGUAAUUUUAAAUUAUUUACUAAUGAUUUUAUAUUCUUACUAAUUUCCUUAACAGAUCAUCGUGAUUCUAGCAAUUAUUUUAAAUAUAUUGAGAAUCAUAAAUUAAUUGUUAUUUUCAUCUUUUAAAAAUCUAAUUACUAAAUCCAUACUCUUAACUAUAAAAGUUAUGACUUUAUUUUUUGGCUAGUUUUGGCUUUAAAUUAAUUUGUCUGCUUAAAUCAUAAUGAUACCAUUAACUUAUAAAAUGAUCUACACCUACUAUUAAAAUCAACUUAAAAAGAUUAUGUACGACAACUUAAAGCAGAUACCAUGCCAUAUAAUCAGCCUAUUAGCUUUUCUUGAAAACGUUAAAGAAAUCUAAAAUCUAUAUGUUUCGAAACCUAAAAAACCAAGAGAUAGAAUUAUUUACUCAUCAUUUUUAAUGUAUUAGAGCAAGAAUUAUCAAGCAUUCUUAGAACUAAACAGUAUUUAAGAUGAUCAAUUAAGUUUGAUUGAGAGUUUUAAAAAAAAAAUAAUUUUACAAAAAUGUAUAAAAAAUAUUUAACACACCAUCCUUGGAACAAAUAAUAUUGAUAACAUUGCUCACACAAUUAAAUUAUUAUUGAAUAGUGAAGAACAAAAUUAUUCAACUUAGAAUGAUAUUGUAGAAAUAGUUAAAAAUAAGAUUCAUUGUCUGGAAUUAUUUACAUAAAAUCCAUCUCAUAGUUCUUAUGAGAACUAUCAUGAGAUUACAAAAAAAAUUAUUCUUUUCAAAGAGAAAUUGGAAAAGCAAUACAAAGAAUUUCCAUGUGAAAAAACUUAAGGAAUUUUGGGGUUUUAUUAUGGAGAGAUAAUGAAUGAUUAUCUUUAAGCAAACUAAUUAUUUAGUCUGUUAGCUAUGCAAGAUGAAAAAAUGAAGAAAAUCACUUAAAAUUAAGAUAUUUUUUCUAACAAAAUGAUUUAUUUAAUUUUAAGAUUUGAUGGUAAAUUAAUUAUUAAAAGACCUUCAAAUGAUGCGGCUUAAUUUUUAUAAUUAUCAAAUCAAUAGUUAAAAGGAUUAGAAUUAUUAUACUUUAUUCCUAAAGGUGUUUCAGAAAUCCAUGAUGAUCUAGUUUUAGAUUUUCUAAGGUUUGGAAAAUCAAAAUACAUGAGAUAAUUAAAUUAAUCUCUAUUAUAUAGUCAUGAGAUGGAAUGUAUGAGUUCGGUAGAAUUAUUGUUUGAUAUUAAUUUUGUUGACGAAUUGAAUUUCAUAGCAUUCCUAUAACCUCCUGCCAAUCAAACUCUAAAUCUAAUUUUAAAUGAAUAACUUCUAAUAAAGUGUUUAAGUUAAUAACUCAUCUAAGACUUGGGAUUAGAAUAAUAAUAUAAGUAGUAUUAGGGCUAUCCCAUCAAUAAACUGAUUCCUUAUUUCCCAAAAUAUUUAUUUGAUAAACAAUAAAUUGAAAAUACAGAGAUUUUUAUUGAAAAAAUUGAUGAGCAAUCAUAAACAUCCAGUCAUCCUUUAGUAUUCAUAACAACCUUUAAUUUGCACUUUGGAAUUGUAAAUGAUAUUACAAAAUAUUAUGUUAUAUCUUUUGACUUUAUAAAAAGAUCUCCUUUCUAUUAAUGGUAAAAUAAUUCAAUGUCAGUUCCAUUUCUAAGCCCAUUAAUCAAAAAGCAAAAUCAUGGUUCUUUUGCCAUCAUUAAUGAUGAAAGCACAAUACAUAUUCCUUAUCAAGAGAAUGAAUUGAUGAGAAAUCAAUAUAUGUAUUAGUUGAAUUAACAAGACUUUAAUUUUUUAGAUAAUACUCCAACUGUAUAAUGUUAAAAGAAAUAAGAAACAAAAUUGUUAUCUACACUUGAAUACACUAAUAUUAAAACUACAACCAAACAGAAUGAAUUAUUAUUAGCCGAGUAAAGAUUCUUUUCAAAACAAAAAAAUAAAUCCUCUCUUUCCAAGUAAAGAUGA